UCAGCCUGUAGCAGGUCACAGCAGUCAGAACUUGUGAGAAGAUUGAAGAGAGCAGCCCCCCUGUAGCAGAAAAGCCUCUUGCUUCCUUGUCUCAAGCCCCUUCUGACACUUUCUGGGACCAGGCACUGAGGCAGAAGACAGGAGGAGCAGGGGCCUAUCUGCUGCCACAGGCACUAACCUUGGGCAUAACUAGGAUCUUGGAGCUCUGGGACCAGACCUGAAGCUGACAGCCCAGCAGUCUACCCCUGACACUUUUGCCAGGUGAUGGAAAACGUGAGUCUUUCCCUGGGCAGAGCUCUUUGGGUCUUCCUCCUGGCCAUGCUAGGCUCCACCACAGGCCAGCCGCUGGGGGGAGAAUCUGUCUGUACAGCCCGGCCUCUGGCUAGAUACAGCAUCACUUUCAUUGGCAAGUGGAGCCAGACAGCAUUUCCCAAGCAGUAUCCUCUGUUCCGGCCCCCUGCACAGUGGUCCUCUCUGCUGGGGGCAGCUCACAGCUCUGACUACAGCAUGUGGCGGAAGAAUGAGUACGUCAGCAAUGGGCUGAGGGACUUUGCUGAGCGUGGUGAGGCCUGGGCACUGAUGAAAGAGAUUGAAGCCGCAGGAGAGAAGCUCCAGAGCGUGCACGCGGUAUUCUCAGCUCCUGCCGUCCCUAGUGGUACUGGGCAGACUUCUGCAGAGUUAGAGGUGCACCCUAGGCACUCGCUGGUGUCCUUCGUGGUACGUAUUGUCCCCAGCCCUGACUGGUUUGUGGGCAUCGACAGUCUGGACCUGUGCGAGGGAGGCCGCUGGAAGGAGCAGGUGGUCCUUGAUCUUUACCCACAUGAUGCAGGCACAGACAGUGGUUUCACAUUCUCCUCCCCCAACUUCGCAACCAUCCCACAAGACACAGUGACCGAGAUCACAGCCUCAUCGCCCAGUCACCCUGCAAACUCAUUCUAUUACCCACGCCUCAAGUCCUUGCCUCCCAUUGCCAAAGUGACCUUCGUGCGGCUACGGCAGAGUCCCAGAGCCUUUGCGCCACCUUCCCUGGACCUGGCCAGCAGAGGCAAUGAAAUUGUUGACAGCCUCUCAGUUCCAGAGACACCGCUGGACUGUGAGGUUUCCCUGUGGUCAUCCUGGGGACUGUGUGGAGGACCAUGUGGAAAGUUGGGAGCCAAGAGCAGAACUCGCUAUGUCCGUGUUCAGCCUGCUAACAAUGGGUCUCCCUGCCCCGAGCUGGAAGAAGAGGCUGAGUGUGCCCCAGAUAACUGUGUCUAAGCCCAGACUCCAGUAGCCAGCCCUUAGGAUCUCUCAAGCCUUGGACUCAGAUCUGGGCCACAUGAUGUUUCCAGGAGGCCCGUGCAGGCAGGGAUAAGAGCGUGGGCAGUUUUGUACUGUUUCCCACGAAUCCUAGGCUGACAAAUGGUCUUGACACAGAGGCCCUCAGUGGCAGGUAAGACACAGAUUGCCUCUCUCACUGUGGGACUCCUGAGGCUUGUGGGUUUGAUUUACAUAAAUUCCCUUGUAAUUUAUUACUGUGCUGGGAGGGAGGCUGCCUUUGAUACAGAGAGCAGGCAUGCCAGGAACAGGUGAGAGAAUGCUCUAAGCCUGUGAGCCCCACAACCACACUGCUGUCAGAUACCUCAGACCUGCUGCCACCGCACUUGCUCCUGGAGGCCAAGGAGUCAACCUUCACACCACUCUUGCACUCACACGGGGGUGACCACAGGAGGAACAAACGAUGAGGGGCAGCUUUGGAAACGUGGCCCUUGUGUGUUGCGGAUCUCGUCGCAUUUGAAUAAAGGUUGUGUUCCUGAAAAAUGUCA